AUGCAACUAAGGGGGGAAACCAAAUCCCCAAAAAAUUCAACCAAUCGCCAACCGCUGCUUGCAGGACUUGGCCGUUGUCAGUUUUCCGAUUCCUCCGACGAUUAUGCCAAGAGAAACUACGCCAACAAUGUGUCUGAAUACAAUACCAUCGUUGGAUCUCUCACUUCUCAAAGAAGGUUGAAGGAGCCAUGGAACACUGGUACAUCUACUAUUCUUGUUAUAAUGGCACAGACCAGGGAACCAUUUAUGGACAAAAUUGUACAGAAGAAAAAACAGCGUUUAUUUCACAAGCGCAUUGAAUUUUUCUACAAUCGUCAACCUGAUGUUAGAAUCUACCGACAAAGAGAAUUUGAAAGAAGUCGAUUCUGGUUUCAACCGGAGAUUGCAGCAGCAGAUGAGAAGUUUGCUGGAAUGAUUAUUAUUAUUUUGUAUCAAAAAGGUUGUUUAUAUUGUAGCCAUGUUUCAGAUUUUGGCUGUUUUUGCUGGACCAAGUGUGAGUUGAGAAGUAUUGUGUCCAAACAAGUAGGUCCCACUGAGCAGGCACAAGGGUGCAUUACAUGCCUAUGUUCUUUUGCCAGUAUUGUUUCACCACUAAUUUUCAACCCUCUAACAGCUUUAUUCUUAUUUGACAAUGCUCCAUUUGAGUUUCCUAGUUUUAUUCUUGUUUGUGCUUCAUUUGCUGUGUUCCCAAUUCAUUUAGAUCAAUAUGAUAGAAAAGAGCAAUUAAAGAAAAGUGGGCUUGCAAAGGCUAUUAUGUUCUUGUCAAAAUCUGAUGAAGAGACCACAUCCAAUAGAAAGCUUGCUAAAGCUUUGGUUGACAAAGGGGUAAAAAGUUUCAAGUUUCAUGGGGCAUUCCCUGUUCUAUUGGAGAUGGGUGUACUUCCCGCUUGCAGCUUGGAGAGCAUGUCCUCUCUUGACAUGGAGGGGUUGUGUGCACUUGGGGAUGGACAUAUUUUGAACUUUUUACUCAACACAAGCACAUGGGAAUUAACAGAUAGGAAAAAGGUGUCACUUAGAAAAGAAUUAAGAAUGUUGUCACAUGCUGCAAGAGAUGUUGGACCCAUUAGAGAAGCUAAGAACAAAUUGGAGAAGUGA